AUGAGUGAAAUCAAUAUACUAACAAUAUUUAGAUCUACUAAAGUUUUAAAGUUUUAUAACGGUCAAGAAAUUCCAGCUACUGGCUUAGGAACUUGGCAAUCGAAAGACGAAGAAGUCUACAAUGCUGUUCUUGCAGCUUUAAAAAUAGGAUACAAACAUAUAGAUACUGCUGCUUGUUACGGUAACGAAGAACCAAUCGGUAGAGCUAUUCGUGAUGCUGGCGUUAAGAGAGAAGACAUAUUCAUUACUACCAAGGUCUGGGGAACCGAUCACACUCGUGUCGAGCAAGCCUUGAAUACGUCUUUGCAAAAAUUAGGUUUAGACUACGUUGAUUUAUACUUGAUGCACUGGCCUGUUCCAUUGAACCCAAAUGGUAACCAUCCAUUAUUCCCAACUUUACCAGAUGGAAACCGUGAUAUUUCUCAAGACUGGGAUUUCACUAAGACUUACAAUUUGAUGCAGAAAUUGUUAGACCUGGGUAAGACUAAGUCCAUCGGUGUCUCUAACUUCUCCGUCACCAACUUGAAGAAAUUAUUGAAUGCUCCUACUACAACUGUCAAGCCAGUUGUUAACCAAGUUGAAUUACAUCCUUACUUGCCACAACACAAAUUAUUACAAUUCGCAAAGGAAAAUGAUAUAGUUUUGGAAAGUUACAGUCCUUUAGGAUCUACCGACUCUCCUCUUUUGAGUGACGAAGUUGUUGUUAAGAUCGCAGAAAAAAAUAAGGUUUCGCCAGCUACUAUUUUGAUUUCUUGGGCUUUAUGGAGAGGUACAGUUGUUUUACCAAAAUCCGUUAGUGCUCACAGAAUUGAAAGUAACUUCAAUGUCAUCGAUCUUCCUGAUGCAGAUGGAAAGGAAUUGGACGACCUUCAUAAAUUAAGAGGUAUCAGAAGAUUAGUUUUACCUAACUGGGCUCCAGUUGUUGUCUUCGAUAGUGACGAGUAA